AUAUUGGCACGAAGAGGUCAUUUUUGUGGGAGGGAAUCAAAGCACGCGGAGGAACACAAUGUAUUCAGAUCGGCGACCUUAAUACCGCCUCAAAAAUAGCCGUUCCCGACCCUGAGGAAUGAGGAUCGAACUCGUUGGUCACAGCUAUGAGAAGGGAGCUAGCAUUAUAGCCUAUAGGGCAACACAGUCUCACUUCCGGUGGAGAACACCCCGGAGACACACGGGAACACGAAGGAAGACACCAACGCUUUGGGGGACUGUCAAAAAGCCUAAGAGAAUGAACAUGUUGAACGUCGUUGAGGAGGGAGGAUGUUCAGCCUCAACACGAACUAGUCCACCUUGUGUUCAGCUGAUGUAUUACUUCACAACAAAUGAGGUCCUGGGGGAUGAUGAGAGAGACGGAGGAGGUGGUGUUAUAACUACUGUGCACUAAUUUGAUGUUCGGAAGAGAGAGAAAGUUGUUCAGCGCUGGAGGUAGAUUUUAUUACCAAUAAAACGAAUUAAUGCGCACUGCCACCUUGUCCUUUUUCGCCCUCCGAAUCAUAAAAAGCCAUGUGUUUUUUACAUGCCAAAUUUUCUCCCAAGCAACAACUCUGCUCUUCUUUCAGUGGAGGAGAACCGACGCUAAAAAUGUAUUAAUAAGUCUCCAAGUAAAUAGGUUGCUUAUUUUGUCAAUCUUUGUUCUUUAUAAACCUAUUAUUCAUUCAUUAAGUUUAUUGUGCGGUUUCAAAAUUGCAAAUACUUGAUUUUAUGCUUUAAUACAGAUAUUCACUUGAAACACCGAUUUUUAUUUUUUUUUUUUUAAAAAUGGAUUUUUGAAAAGAAUUGAUAUAGAAAAGUAUGAUCUGAAAUAAAUAUAGUUUACAAA